CCUGGCUGCAGGGCCGUGCUGGGCGGGGAGCCGGUCAGGAUGUUCAUUCCGUGCCCUCGGCUCCCUCCCGUGAUGCUCCGUGGAACUCGGGACCCGCACGGUGAGGGCCCCUGGGGAGACCGAAGGCCUAAGGUGGCUUCAGGCAGGGUUGACUCUGGAGGGACACUGGGGAGCCCCACUCUUGCUGCCUGCCUGCCCUUUGAGUCCCACCGGCCUGCCCUCUGCCCGAAUCGAGCGGUGAGUCAGGGACCAGGCCUGACCGAGUGUGGCCAGGCUGCUGUCCGGGAGGACCAUGUGGGACUCAGGCCGUUGGGCAGGGCUGAGGUGACGGGACACUUGAGGUCAGCUGGCCCCUCGGCUCCCCGUGGCAUCCCUGCAGCAAGGAGUACCAGCCUGUGACACUCAAGAGGGACCCAGGGUGAGUGUGGCAACACCCCCGUGCACCCUAGGCCUCAUCCUGGCAAGGCUUGGCCAUGGUGGCAUUUCCGGAAGUUUCUGCCUUCAGGCUGUCUCCCACAGGUGGACUAUUUAAUUAAUUAAUGGGAUGUACGCUGGGCUCCUGCAACCAGUCCUCUCAGCCUGCCCUCCGUCUCGACAGUGGCGCCCCCUCACCAAUUCCACAGCCUCGUGGGGCCUUGUCCCUGCCUGCCGGCCUGUGCCCUCCCCGCCCCUCACCUGGAGGACAACCUACCUGUCCAGUCUAAUCGCAGAUCCCUCGGCCGGGUAGCCGGCAUCGUUAGCAGCCUGAACGGCGGCUGGGAGCCCCGGGGAGUGCCCGGUUUUGCUCCCGGCUCACCCACAAGAUGUGGACAGCCCUGGUGCUCGCUUGCAUUUCCUUCUUAUCCUUCUCUGAGAGCCGAGUGGCGCCCCGGGAUCCAGGGACCUUCGUCUUCAACCAGACGCGGGCUGAUUUAGUCACAAAAAGCGCACCCAGGGAAACGACGGACAGCAUCUUUAACAGAACCUCGGAGGGCGCGACGACACCCUCUCCUGUCACGUUGGCCAGAGAGCCUUCGGGAGCCGCCCACAGCGCCCCUGCAGUCACGGCAGGGAGGACUGACGUGGGCACCUCGGCAGCUGCCGUGGGUCCCGCCAACCUCACGGACUCCAGGGUCACCACGCCGACGUCCACACGGCCAGCCCCGGCGUCCACGGCAGCUCUCAGCACACCCCGCACCCAGGCUCCCAGCAAUGGUACAUUGCCAACAGCGGCACCUAGGACAACGCUGGCCACCAGCACGCAGACUGCUGCCGCCACCACAGCAAAUGCCAGCAGUGCCACCACGGCAAAUGCCAGCAGUGCCACCACGGCAAAUGCCAGCAGUGCCACCCGUGUCCACCACGGCGGUGACAGCGGAGGGGCCAGCGGCCAGCACAGUGCCAGCUCCUGUGCCACAGGCCAGCCCCACACCUGGGGUGGAAGCCACGUCCUCCACCACACCGCCAAGCCCUGUGUCAUCUCCACGGGGGGCCACGGGGCCUGCCACGCCCUCCACACCCGAGCAGGUGUGGCCUGAGGCCACAGGUGGCCCUGCUUCCACCGGCCCAACCCCCGGGAGCUCAGGGGACCCUCAGGUGCCAACCACGGACUCGUGCCAGCUCAGCACCCAGGGCCAGUACCUGGCGGUCACCACCAGGGCCCUGCCCCUGUCCCCCGUGAACAGGGGGGCGCUGCUGGCCAUGCUCCUGCUUGGGGUGGCCUUCCUCUUCGCGGUCGUGGUCCUGUUUGCGCUGCAGGCCUACGAGAACUACAAGAAGAAGGACUACACGCAGGUGGACUACUUGAUUAACGGGAUGUACGCGGACUCCGAAAUGUGAGGGGGCGGAGGCGGCCUUCGGCUCCAGCUGGACCCUCCGGGGGCUGGGCCUGCCCUCCUUCCAUGUUCCCCCGAGACCAAACCAAGUGCUUCCAAAUCCUUUGGUGCAUUCAGGAGCUCUGCCAGACGUUUAAACACAUUUAAUUACGCUCGGAUUAAUUCACGGUCACUAAAAUGUUGCUUUUUCAUAUUUAUUUUUGUAAACGAUCAUGUUGAUGGAGCGGGCAGUGAUUGGGGCAGGUGGGCCCUGUGGUGUCAGACCCUGGCAGGAAUUAAAGCAAUGGCCGCUUUCCA